UUAAAUCAAGAAAAUUAUUAUUAAUCUGAAAUUUAUUGUUUGAUAAGUUAUUGUAAUAUGUUAAUAUGGAUCUUGUGAGUACAAAUCAACGUUUAAUGACUUCUUAUGAGUCUGAAAAGGAUUGGUCUAGUUUUAUUAGAGAAAAUAAUCUCCGAUCAGUUGAAGAAAUACCAGAAAAUUACAGACAUGUAUUUUCCAAUUUCACACAUUUUAAUAAAAUUCAAUCGAAAGUUUUCGAUGAUAUUUAUUACACAGAUCACCCAGUGGUGAUUUCUUCUCCUACGGGAUCAGGGAAAACAGUUCUUUUCGAACUAGCCAUAAUUCGUUUUUUAAUCAAUUUAGAACUAAUUAACAGACCUAAUGCAUACAGAAUGGUUUACAUUUCCCCAUUAAAAGCACUUUGCGAUGAAAGACUUAUAGAUUGGCACGAUAAAUUUAAUUCGCUGGGGGUAAAUUGCAUUUCGGUGACAGGGGACAAUGAAAAUUACGAUUUGUAUAAUUUGAAAAAUUUUGCUUUAAUUAUAACAACCCCUGAAAAAUGGGAUUCUUUGACAAGGAAAUGGAGAAAUAAUAAAAUUUUGAUGCAAAGUAUAAAAUUGUUUAUGAUAGACGAAGUCCAUUUACUUAAUGAAGAUAGUAGGGGUUCUACUUUGGAAGUAGUGGUAAGUUUAUUUAAUAAUUAUUUGUUUGUUUAAAUAUUUGGUUAUUUUUGGAAGA